CCCACACGUUGCGGUGCAGCUGCAGGGAAGAUAAAUGACAGCGCGCGCAGUGAGAGCUGUACUUUAAUAUCUCUACUGUACGACUUCGCCAUGUCGCUGCCACGACAACUGAGAGACGAAAGUGAUUUUGAGCAGCUGCCGCACAAUGUCCCGAUCAGCGCCACCAUCGCCGACGUCGAGGAGACAAGAGGCUUUAUAGUCUACUUCCGCUUUGUGAUCGAAGUGAAGACUAAAGGAGGGAGCAAGUACUUGAUCUAUCGCAGGUAUCGUGAGUUCUACACCCUGCACCAGAACCUUGAGCAGAAGUUCUCCCCCGAGUCUGCGUCAGGACCCAGUACCUUUACCUUGCCCACGCUACCAGGCAAAGUGUACAUGGGCAACAAACAGGAAAUAGCAGAAAACAGGAUCCCGGAGCUCAACACAUAUAUAAAGAGGCUGCUGUCGUUACCAGUCUGGGUUCUGCUGGACGAUUUGAUCAGGAUGUUUUUCUAUCAAACUGAAUACGACAGCCUUCAGGUCCCCAAAGCACUCCGACGCCUUCGACCCCCCACACGCAAAAUAAAAACCGAGAAACAGCCCAAGACAGACCUGCUCUCUUCCCCCAGAGCUGAGGCCUUGUUUGACUUCAGCGGGAACGGACGCCUGGAGCUGAGUCUGAAGAGCGGAGACGUGAUCUUUCUUUUGCGCCGAGUCAACGCCGACUGGCUGGAGGGCACGGUUAAAGACAGGAUUGGCAUUUUCCCGGAGUCGUUUGUGAAGAUCAUUAAGCCUCUACCUGAGAGCGACUCGGAUGAAGAGGGCGGAGCUUCGAAGAAAAAGUCCGGUCCAGGUGCUUACAGCUGCCUGCACUGCUGCAUGAUGACCCCCGGGGGUGUGGACGAAAGGGAUGUGUGUGUAGAGGAAGACCUCUCCAUCCAGCCAUCAUACUUCGACCUCCUAUCACGCAUGAGAGAGGUGUUUCAGGUCGAGGACAUCGCACUGAACUACCGCGACCCUGAAGGAGACCUGGUGCGCAUCCUGGACGACGACGACGUGGCCCUCAUGGUGCAAGAGAGCAGACGCCAAGGGUCAAAUGUCAAGAGGCCCGUCAACCAGUAUCCAUGGGAACUGUGUGUCACGCAUUCCAACAAUUUGUCGGUGUACAACACCGAGUACUAAAAUGUGUGUGAGUGUGUGUGUGCCGUCGUGUGUGAUCACAUCACCUACAGUAUGAAUGAAGGCCACCAUAUUUUCUAGCUAGCGUGACUAGCUCAGCGAUUCUAUUCCCAGUUGCCUAGCAACAGUACAUGCUUAAAAGAAAUAAGUGCACGAAACCCUGUAACAAUUGUUCGAUUUCUGUAGUAUUAAGCACAUUUAUACACGUUAAACUCCCUCUCCAUGCCCUUCACUGGUUCCCUCCGGCUCUAACCAGUUUCACUGAAGAAUUGGAACAGGCAAAGUGGACAGGGCUGUGUCAGGAACGGUACCGGAACCCGGGCAGGGGUUUGGUUCCGUAUUUUACAGGAGAGCGUAUAGGAACACUGAAAAUCAUUUCAUGAACGCUGCGUGCUCUCCUGAGCCGUGAGGCGUGCGCAUAGACAUAACCACAUAUUACAGUGUUAUGAUUGAAAGUUAUUGCUAUCGUGUGUGUGUGUGUGUGUGUGUGUGUGGCAGAGGAUCUCUGUGGAUGCCCACACUGGUUGUUAACUUCUCCAUUUCAGUUCCUAUACAUGGAACACACACACACACACACACACACACACAAACAUGAAAUGUGUAAAAAAUAUAAAAUUGCUUACAAAAUAUGUUUAAUACAUUGUUACGUUUGAAAAUAAUAUAUAUAUAUAUAUAUCUCCAUAUAAAUGUCAACUCGCAUUGCUACAGUUUAAAACCUCUUAUAUUGUGUUAAUAACAUUUAUAUACAAAGUUAUAAUGAAUUGAAUAAACUGCCUAUU